GGCAAAGGAGGGCUGGGCUACACAUAUUCGAAAAUAGCCGCUGUUGGGUGUUAAAUCUCCGGAGGUAAACUACUGCAGAAAGUCGGUAGUUAGAUUUAACUGCUCCAGAACGAGAGGCAGCCGGCGGUGGGGAUCUUGCAGCAUUGAUGGUAGAGUCUGACCACUGCUCAAAGCCUUCUCCUGCACAUCCCAAAGAUUCUCAAUGAGAAAUGGCACAGCGUGUAGCUGUGAACGAUGCUAAUGGAUCCAAACGAACGUCAAGGGUUCGUGUUGCGGUGCGGCUUCGGCCCUACAUGGACAAGCAGGAUGAAAAAGGAGAAGGACCCUGCGUCCGUGGAUUAGGACCCCAGUCUUUAGAGAUCACCAACUGGAGGAAUGCAACAGAGACUCUGCAAUAUCAGUUUGAUGUUUUCCAUGGAGAGCAAACGACUCAGCAGGAAGUGUUUUUGUCCUCAGUGAAGCCCCUUAUCCCUCACAUCCUUAAUGGACAGAAUGCUAGUGUAUUUGCCUAUGGACCCACUGGAGCUGGAAAGACCCACACCAUGCUGGGCAACCAGGACAAUCCGGGGGUGAUCCCAAGGGCUGUACGUGAAGUGUUCCAACUGGUGAACACCCAAGAGAGAGACCAGGAUGAGUGGAAGUUCUCUGUCGAAAUGUCAUAUUUGGAAAUCUACAAUGAAAAGGUUUUGGAUCUCUUAUCUCCAAGCUCUCAGGAUCUGCCAAUCCGUGAAGACAAGGAUAGAAACAUCGUCAUCCCAGGCCUGACUCUUACUCGCCUCUCCUCCUUCUCGGAUUUUCACACUCACUUUGUACCUGCCAGUCUGAAUCGUACCACAGCCUCCACCAAACUCAACCAGCGCUCCAGCCGGAGCCAUGCAAUUCUUCUCAUUAAGGUGGUGAAGUCUCAGCGUGUUCCACCUCAUCGACAGCUGACUGGGAAACUCUACCUAGUUGACCUGGCCGGCUCAGAGGACAACCGGCGCACAGGUAAUCAGGGUAUACGCCUGAAGGAGAGCGGUGCCAUCAACCUGUCCCUCUUCACUCUCAGCAAAGUGGUGGACAGUUUAAACGCUGGGACCGUGGGCCGUGUGCCGUACAGAGACAGUAAACUCACCCGCCUGCUACAGGAUUCGCUGGGUGGCUCCGCCCAUUCAGUGAUGAUUACAAACAUCGCUCCUGAGUACAAGUACUACUUCGAUACUUUCACCGCCCUCAAUUUCGCUGCCAAGUCCAAGCAAAUUGUCAACCGACCGUUCGUCAGAGAGACCGUGGCGGCUCCCACAAAUGUUACAGGUAAAAGGUCAAGAGAAGAGCAGGAGGCUGGGGGACCAGGAGAACCACAGAAUAAGAGGUUGAAGGAGAAUAAAAAAGGGGAAAUACCAUCACCACAAACACAGCCACACAGCCCGGCCGAUACGUCAGUGUUGGACAGGCUUCUGGCUCUGGAGAAAAUGAUGUUGGGCUCCCCAGAGAAAGAGAGACUCAAUUUGCUGAAGACAGUCGCGCAGUCCCGCAAAGAGAUCCAGAAACUAAAGGAGAAGCAGAAGGAGUUGGAAGAGAAGGCAGACAUGUUAAAUAAACUUACGGGUGGUCAGGAUAAACUGAAGGAUGAGAAAGACGGUGGUGCCCCUCUCUUCAGGUCAGACCUGAACCUUUUAAACAGGAAGCAGUCAACUGCAGCCAAACCCAGGAAACAGCAGGCAGUUGUUAUUCCAUUACAGGUGAGUCAUGUGCAGCCGUUGCAGCAGUGUGCUGUGGUUUGGAAACCAUCAAAAGAAAAAUUGAGCAAGGACAAAAAAACACUGCAGGAGGUCAUAAAGGGUAAAGAGAACAGUGGUCCGGAGCCCUCCUGUGAUGGAGAGUUGAACUGGGAGUCGCGACUAGACUCCUCACUACUAGAGCAGUCCAAAAAGAAAAUCCUUGACACGCUGAACUCUGGAUCACUGAAAGAGCUGAAAAGCCUGCAGCUCAUUGGUGAUAAAAAGGCCAAACUCAUUCUGGGCUGGAGAGAAGUUAAUGGAGAUUUCACACAGGUGGAUGACUUAAAGAAAAUUGAAGGCAUUACAGCGAAGCGUUUCUCAUCUUUUAUUAAGGCCAACAUUCUCAGUGCAAUGGGGAAGUGAUCAUGUAUGCUUUUUUUCUUUCUGUGAAUAGUAGAAGUAAUGGACAUACCUGUCAAGUCUCCCGUUUUGGCCGGGAAACUACCGUAUUUUACUCCUCUUUCCCGCCGUCCUCCCGUAUUAGUAUUUUCCCGUAAAUUUCCCGUAUUAUACUAAAUAAAAAAA